AGGCAAAGAGGGGGCGCCCCAAACGCUGACCCCACCCAGCGGCCCCACACAGUGCCAGGAGACUCUCUGCAACACCGGGGCCCAAUGAUCGGCACCCGCUUCCUCCGUGAACUCCUUGAGAAGGACCCUUCGGAGGUGGCCAUCACGCUGGCUUCCAGCCCCGGCCUGCGGGAGGCGCUCUCCCCAGUUGUCAUGAGGCCGGACUUGGUGCAGCUGCUGUGCCAGGUUCUCCACAAGGCCUGCCUCUCCCGCAUGCACCGCCAGAGCAUUCAGCAGCUGCUGGAGACGGUGAAGGAGUCCUCCUUCCUCCGGGUCUGCCUGCCCCAGUACGUGGCCGAUAUGCUGACGGAGGCCCGGCCAGAGGUGCGGCGCCAGUGCCCCCAGCACAUUGCCAGCGUGGUGGCGCUGGUCCAGGAACUGGUCAGCAUCUUCCCGGCCAGCUCCCUCCAGAAAGUGGCCAUGCUGAUGUCCGUCCUGCCGGACUCCGUCAACAGCCUCAGGGCCCUGGGGGUGGACUUCCCAGAGGAGCUGGACCGGAGUCUGGAGAAGCUGCAGGGCUUCAUCCAGCAUCUCCAGGAGCGGCGGCGCGAGGGCACCUUGCGGGUGGACAGCUGCACCCUCCUCCAGCCCACAGCACCCGGAGAGGAAGGGGAGUACCGUGCCAUGUCCAUCUACCCCACCUACGAGGAGGUGAUCCACGGCCAGAAGCCCUUCCUGCGCCCCAACCUCAUCAGCCAGCCCUACGAGAGCCCCGCCGUUUACCUGGACACCCACUUUCGCCUGCUGAGGGAGGACUUUGUCCGGCCGCUGAGGGAGGGCAUCCUCCAGUUCCUCCAGAGCUUAGAGGACGCAGGCCCGGGCAGGAGGAGGUUUGACGACAUCCGGGUGUACCUGAACGCCCGGGUACUGGCUCCACUCUGCUCCCGGACCGGCAUUGACUACAAGGUGCACUUUGAUUCCAAGCGGCUGGGCGCCAUCCGGUGGGAGAACUCCAAGCGCCUGCUGUACGGCUCCCUGGUGUGCCUGUCCAAGGACAACUUUGAGACCUUCCUCUUUGCCACGGUCUCCGACCGGGAGCCCCAUGAGCUGCGCAAGGGCUUUGUCCACCUCUCCUUCGCUGCCCACAGCCAGGCCCUGCUGGCCAAUGUCCAGCCCUCCGACUCCUUCGUCAUGGUGGAGACCACCGCCUACUUUGAGGCCUACCGACACGUCCUGCAGGGGCUGCAGGAGCUGCGGGAGGAAGACGUCCCCUUCCAGAGGUACAUUGUUCACUGCGAGGCCCAGGUGAGGGAGCCGGCUUACCUGCGGAGGGAGCCGGGAAGCAGCGUCUACGACCUCAGGUGCCUGAUGGCCAAGCCACCCCCUGCCGAGGCUUCUGGGGCGGAAGGAGCCCCCGAGGGCCGCAUCGACGUACUGGACCCCUCCCAGUGGCCGACCCAGGAAGCCGUGGGCCUGGAUGAGUCCCAGCUGCAAGCCCUGAAACUUGCCCUGACCCAGGAGCUGGCCAUCAUCCAGGGGCCUCCGGGGACAGGGAAGACCUACGUUGGGCUGAAGAUCAUGGAAGUCCUGCUGAAAAACAAGGCCGCCCGCGAAGAGACCCCCAUCCUUGUGGUCUGCUACACCAACCAUGCCCUGGAUCAGUUCCUGGAAGGAAUCCAGGCGUUCCACCCGACAGGAAUUGUCCGUGUUGGCAGCAGGAGCAACAGCGAGAAGUUGAAGCCGUUCACCCUGCAGCAGCUGCGGGGCAGAAGCGACUUCCUGAGAGGCCUGCCUGGCCACCUCCGCUGGUCCCACAAUUACAUCAGCAGCGAGAUGCAGGACGCUGAGUAUGAACUCAGACGAGGGGCGGCUCAGCUGGAGUGUGGGCUGCGCGGGAUUCUGCACGAGAAGCACCUGCGGAGCUGCAUCUCCAGCCAGCACUGGGAGAGCCUCAUGGGGGGCCUGGAAGAGGACUGGAUGGAUCCAAAGCACUCUCAGAUCGUGGAGUGGCUGGGACUUGGUGCCACGCCAGCUGAAAACAUGGCCGAUCCAGAGAGGCCAGAAAAUGCAGUAGGGGGCUUUCCUUUGGGCAGCUUCUGGGUGGGACAAGGAAGAGGUAGCGAGUUCGAGACACGGAAGGAGCCUGGGGCCUGCCCACUCUCUGCCGCCACCUACCGGUCUCUCCGUGGCCAUUCAGGCGCUGAGGAAGACCAGGAGGCGGAGGAAGGCCCACGGUCAGAGCCAGAGCUGCUGCAGGUCGUGGAGGAGGCAGACUUGAUUCAGCGCGAGCGGCGGCUGGACCACGAUGAGGAUGGGUGGCAGCGGAGGAGGGAGCCUCCCAGGCACAACCUGGACGACCUGUUUCUGGCCAUGCGGUUGGAUGACGAGAAGGGGGAGCCGAGAGCCCCACAUGGCGCAGAAUACGCUGGUUUUCAGCUGCAGCCGGCCCAGAAGAAGAAGAUGAAGCGACAAGCAAAGGCGGAACUGGGAAAAUGGCAGGCGAUGACCAAAGAGGAGGCAGAGGCUGUCCUGGAUGUGUGGCAGCUGGACCUCAGCUCUCGCUGGAAGCUCUACAGGUACUGGUUGCAGAAGCACCAAGCUGAGAUCCAGCGCAAGAUGCUGCACCCCAAGCAGAAGUACCAGGCGGCAGCCAACAGGCUGGCUGAGCUUCGCCAGCACCAGGACCUCCAUGUCUUCAGGACAGCCCAGAUCGUGGGCAUGACGACCACAGGAGCCGCUCGGUACCGCCAGGUCCUGCAGCAGGUGGCCCCUCGCGUGGUCAUCGUGGAAGAGGCGGCCGAAGUCCUUGAGGCCCACGUCAUCACCACGCUGAGCCGGGCCUGCCAGCACCUCAUCCUCAUUGGAGACCACCAGCAGCUGCGCCCCAGCGCCAACGUCUACGACCUGGCCAGGAACUUCCACCUGGAGGUUUCCCUCUUUGAGCGGCUGGUGAAGGUUGGCCUUCCCUUCGUCCGCCUCGCUUUCCAGCACCGCAUGAGGCCAGAGAUUGCCCAGCUGCUCACCCCGCACAUCUACCAGGACCUGGAGAACCAUCCCUCGGUGCUCGGCUACGAGAACAUCAAGGGCAUCUCCUCCAACCUUUUCUUCGUGGAGCACGGCUUCCCCGAGCAGGAGAUCCAGGAGGGCCGCAGCCACCAGAACCCGCACGAGGCCCAGUUUGUGGUGGAGCUGUGCCACUACCUGCUGCGCCAGGGCUACCAGCCCUCCCAGAUCAGCAUCCUCACCACCUACACGGGGCAGCUCUUUUGCCUGCGCCAGUUGCUGCCGGCCAAGGAGUUCCAGGGCGUCAAGGUCCACGUGGUGGACAAGUACCAGGGGGAGGAGAACGACAUCAUCCUGCUCUCCCUGGUGCGCAGCAACCUGGCGGGGCGGGUGGGCUUCCUGCAAAUCCCCAACCGCAUCUGCGUGGCCCUUUCCCGUGCCAAAAAGGGCCUCUACUGUGUGGGCAACAUGGGCAUGCUCAGCCAGGUGCCUCUCUGGAGCAGGAUCCUGCACACUCUGCGCGAGAAGGGCCACGUGGGCCGGGCACUGCGCCUGGCCUGCCAGAACCACCCGCAGACCAAGACGGACGUGGUGCAGGCAGAGGACUUCCGCCAGGUGCCCGAGGGGGGCUGCAGCAUCCCUUGUGAUACCCGCCUGGCCUGCGGCCACGUCUGCCCCCGAGCAUGCCACCCCUACGACCCACUGCACAAGGAGCUCCGCUGCUUGAAGCCCUGCCAGAAGGUGCUGUGCGACAACGGGCACCGCUGCCCCCGGCUGUGCUGUGAUCCCUGUGGGAAGUGCCAGGUGGAGGUGCCCAAGACGGUGCCCAGGUGCGGCCACCAGCAACAGGUCCCCUGCUCAAUGGCCGCCGAGGAUUUCUGCUGCAAGGAGCCCUGCGGGAAAACCCUGGAGUGCGGGCAUGCCUGCCGGCUCACCUGCGGCCAGAAGUGCGAGAUGCGCUGCCCAGAGAUGGUCCUGGCGAUGCUGCCAUGUGGGCACAGCCAGAAGGCGCAAUGUUCAGCAGUGGCAGAGAUGGCAUACGGGCGUCCCAUCUGCUGCAAGACGAAGUGCAACAGCAUCCUGGAGUGUGGGCAUCCUUGCCCAGGCUCGUGCCACGCUUGCUUCGGGGGCCGCUUCCACCAGCCGUGCAGGAGCCCCUGCAAGCGCCUGCUGGUUUGCGGCCACCAGUGCCGCCAGCCCUGCACCAAGGACUGCCCCCCGUGCCGCCAGCCCUGUCAGAACCGCUGCGUCCACAGCCGCUGCCCCAACCAGUGCGGGGUGCCCUGCUCGCCCUGCAUGGAGCCCUGCGAGUGGCGCUGCCAGCACCACCAGUGCAGUCGCCUGUGCUCCGAGCCCUGUGACCGGCCACGCUGCGACGUGCCCUGUCCCAAGCCCCUCCCUUGCGGGCACCCUUGCGCUGGGCUGUGUGGGGAGCCCUGCCCGCAAAAGUGCCUGACCUGCCACGAAGAGGAGCUGACGCAGAUCUUCUUUGGCUGCGAGGAUGAGCCUGGUGCCCGCUUUGUGCAGCUGGAGGACUGUGGGCACAUCUUCAGUGCGCUGGGCCUCGACCGCUACAUGGAUGGCGAGGAAGAGGAAGGGGCUGUCCGGCUGAAGGUGUGCCCCAGCUGUCAGACGCCUGUCCGGAAGAGCCUGCGCUACGGCACGUUGGUGAAGAGGAGCCUGGCGGAGGUGGAGGUGGUGAAGGGACGCAUGCAGGGCAGCUCGGCCGAGAUCGCCUCGGGUGCCCUCCAGCUGAUGAGGGUGCUCCAGCAGGAGACCACCCUGAGGCGCCACCUGACCAGGCAGCACGAGCAGCUGAGGGAGAAGCUGGAGGACGACUCCCUCUCCGCCAGCACCCUGGGGCUGGUGGAGACCCUCUUGGGCUUCUACACACAGGUGGCAGGCCUGAUGGCCACUGUAGGAAAGCUGGCGCAGCAGGAGCAGGAGGGCAUGAGAAGGCGCCUGGCCGAGGUGGCCGGCUGGCUAGACCAGCCCCGCAACAGUUUCAGUGGGCAGCAGGUGUCUGAGCUGCGGACUGAGCUGCGGCGGGUGACCUACCUGGCGGAGCUCCUGGUGAGGUGCAGCACCGCUGGGGAGCGGGCGAUCCAGGCCCCCGGCACAGCAGAGCUGGUCAGCGCGGCCCGGAAGGUCCUGGAAGGGCCUGGCAGGUUCACCCCGGAGGACGAGAGUGAAGCGAAGGCCAAACUGAAGGAGCUGGAGGCUGUCCUGCCCACCGUUGCCGGGCUCGGCAUCUCCGAGGAGGAAAGGAAGCAGAUUGUGGCAGCCGUCAGUGGAACCACCCGCGGGCAUUGGUACAAGUGCCGCAACGGGCACUUCUACGUCAUUGGUGAGUGCGGGGGGGCCAUGCAGACAACCCGCUGCCCAGAAUGCCAGGAGACCAUAGGAGGCGAGCGCCACAUGCUGGAAUCCAGCAACCGGCUUGCCCCUGAGAUGGACGGGGCAACCCAUGCUGCCUGGUCCGAGGAGGCCAACCGCUUGAACAUGAAUAAUUACCUCGACUAGGAGGCCAGCCACCCUCAUGGGAGCUUAUUUUCAUAAAGUAUUUUAAUAUUUUUAUCACGCUUGGGUAUCCUGUUACAGUGGACUUUGUUCAAUGAAACAGUUACAGAGCUUUUAACAUGACAACAGUGAGUGAGAUGAAACAAGCGGUAAGAUGAGCAGGGAAAGGCAACUCAGGAAGUUGCUCCUUGCUGUCUCUCCUCGCCUGCCCUGCAGCUCCAGGAGCCCCGUUCUGCUUCCCGCCUGCUCUGUCUUUUCCAAAGAAGCAAGAUGACAAGUGUCGAAAGUGCAUCAAAGUGCUUUUACAAUCAAGUAGUAUAUCACUUUUGUGAAACAGAUAAUCGCCCUGGGUUGUUGCGAGGGGCUAGGAAUG